AUGCUUCAGCGCUGCCGGAUUCUCUGGACGGCGGAUUUUCGUACCUCGCCGAAGAUAUCCGAGGAGUUCAACAACGUCCUUAACCGCAGUGGGUGGGGGUUCGACCACGUUGCCAUCGACAUGGGCGCUCUUGCAGGUGCGGCAGGACGCCUGACGCGGGAUCUUAUCGGGCAGGAUCGUGAUGCGGAGACCGUUAAGGUGCUCCACCGGCAGGUCACGAAUGUCAUUCUGCGUCGCAUUCAACCAAAAAAAUCCCUUGCUAUUUUUAUUGAUGGCAGUGAGCCGCUCUGGAAGGUUCGCCACAUGCGGCUUUAUCCAGGAAAAAAAUUUGAAGGAAAAUUUUACCGUAGUGCGGCCUCCCCAAUGGUGUACCUGCUGGAGGACAAGUUCCGGCAGGUUGCUGUGGAUCUGCGGACGCCACCGAAGGAGUUUGUCAUCAGCGGUGCUGGUGUUCCUGGGCCGGUUGAGGGCAAAAUGUCGGCAUGGAUGCUGGAUCUUGCUUCUCGGGCCUUGCCAGAUGGCGCGGUAACCCUUUCGCCGCCUCUUUUGUCUAGCACACCAGCGGAGGUUACGUUCAAUGAUACAAUUUGUCUUAUUGGUGGAACGGACUUGUUUCUCUCUGCCCUCGGGGCCACACCAUUCCAUAACAUUACGACUCUCACACUUCAGCAGGGUGAAAUGAAGUCUCUCUCCAUGAGUGAGUCUCUCGAAUGGCUCGCGAUGGACCAUCUUUUGAAGGGUGAAGCGGCUACACAAGGUGACCAGGGGACGGGGCGGCAAGAACUACAGAAACGACUUGCGGCAGUGCGCACUGACAUUGUGCUGUUGUACCUGAUGGCAAAUGGCAUUUCCGCUACGGAUCUUAGUGGUUUAGGGGUCAAUUUUAAGGAGCUGAUGGAAGCCUACAUGGCGGAGGAAAGUGCUGGGGCCAGCCAUGAACACAUUUUUGAAGAAACGCCUAAUGGUACCUCGUUGUUGUUGUCUUCAGCUGUAUUGGAACGAGUCUUGUCGCGUGCAACUCGCAAAACGGGGGGUUCACCGAAGCCAUGUCAACAAUCUGCAGAUUAUCUUGAAGUUCUAUUACAAACUCAUGCCAUGAUAUGUGGCGGCGGAAUCAGGAAUUUUCGUUGGACCCCGGAUGAUAACGACUGUGUCCCAGAGAAACCUCCGAAGAUCCCUAUUGAGCGAUUCCUUGCUCACCUAAAGCACCUGACCACAUUAACUCGGGAGGGGGGAAAAGGAGGAGGAGGAGGAGAAGUCCAGGGAGACGGUGCUGAGAAAAAGACAACAGCGAUUGAAAAGGAGCAGUGCAGGUUCACUGCCGGUGUUGAGGCGUCUGUUGACUGGACAUUUGCCCUUACGGGUUUAGAAACCCUCCUUUUGACUGCACCCAGGGCAGAAUUGAUUGAACAGAUUGUUCCCGUCUUUACGAGGGGGCAUUCGUUGCCCGCUGGUAUUGCAGACGACAUUGUUAGCACAAAGAAUGUCAUGGAAGCCGCUCAAAAGACACGUAAUAUUUUACAGGUAAUUAAGGGCAAUAAUUCGGAAGAGGGCGGUGGAGCUGUGAAAGAUCACCCCGCACUGGAUCAUCAUCCAUCCCAUUACUUUGUACGCACACCCGGUUGCCGUGGUCCUCCGCCGGGGUGGUCGUACCAAAGCAUCAACUUGGGUGUGCGAGCUGCGGGAUUUGGGGUACGAUAUCGCACUGGCGUUGGAGCAUCAGCGGCGACAUCACGUGUGUUGGAUGGGGUUGGUGUGGCCUCGAAGAACACGCUUUUUGUGUAUGCUGCUGAUAAGAAUGGUGUUUGGAGUGAGGAACCAUGUGGAGAAAUUCACUCUCCUGUGUUACCAACGCCAACGGAGGAGCUUUCGACGCUUCGGGUUUUAACGUGGAAUGUGCAAUUCAAUCGUCACAGUGGUGAGCGGACUCCACUGGGCCGAGACGGUAUUGAUUGGUGCACACCAACACGGUACAUUGCGCUUGCCAAGACAAUGGAAACCCUAGAUGCAGAUGUGAUCAGUAUGCAGGAAGUGGAGCCGGCGUGGUGUAAAUACCUCUGUGAACAACAAUGGGUAAGGGAACGGUAUGCGCUUUCUUGUAAUGAAGAUAGUCAUGCCAUUCGCCCUUGGGGUGUCAUGCUGCUUGUAAAGCGACACCUGCGUGUGGAAGGGAUGCAUCAUGCAAAUGUGGCUGCUUUUGCAGGACACACGAGUGUGAUGCCAGAAGUUACGAUUACCGUUUCCAAAAAUGUUCCAGUGACAAUUGGUUCACUUCAUCUUCUUGCACCAUACAACAAAAACAAUGUCAGCAAUCGUACAACACAAUUGGAAAACCUGACGAAACGGAUGCGCGCACGCCCCUCUGCCGGUGGUGUGUCGACCGGCGCAAUUGUUAUGGGAGACUUUAAUGAUUAUGCGAAUAAUUACUUUACGUUUCCACCCGAGCUGGGCUUUAAAGACGCCUGGUCGCUGCUUAACCCAGAGAAUAACAAGAAUGAAGGGUACACCAUCGACGGAGAUCGCAAUCCAUACGCGGGACAAAUCAUCGAGCGGGAGUUUUUUGGUCGUGCCGAUCGUGUGUUGUUUGCCUCCCGCCAUUUGCAGCCCAUCCACGCAGAACUUGUCGGCACUACCUCUGUACGUGCGCUUGGGAUCACGAAGCAGGUGAACUGCGACAAGGCUGUCCCCGAGUAUUUGUACCCCUCUGACCACUUUGGUCUUCUUGUCGAGUUUCAGGUGAUGUGA